AUGCAAGACAAUACUUCUGACUCUUCAACUUCAAUAACUCAACUUCUGAGAGAGAGCUAUUUAGCUGAAAACAGCCAUCAAGGUAAUAGUGAAAGGAGCAGGUCAGAAUCUUCUCUGCAUUCUGUCCAUUCUGGGUGUGCCUCCAGGGCUUCUGAUGAGGUAACUGGCCAGGAUGAACUGCCAGAUCUUUCUGCCUUUUUGAGCCAAGAAGAGCUAGAUGAGAGUGUGCAUUUGGCCAGACAAGCUAUCAAUCAAGAGCCACCUGAGAACAGCCAAGAAGAAGAACAGCAGAUCCAUGUGUUUUUACCCUCCGAGUUGAAAAACUCUGAAAAUAUUAUUUCAAAGAAGCAGCAGUGCCAAUCUACGGCUUCGCCAACUUCAGGAAACCACCCAAAGAAGCAGGCAUUUGGGUCAGAGACAGAAUCAAAGAAAGAGUUGCUCAACAAGGCUGCCGAUUUUAUUGAGGAGCUUUCUUCUCUUUUCAAAGCACACAGUUCAAAAAGAAUCAGGCCCAGGACAUGCAAAAACUACAGGAGCAAACUUGAACCUAAGCACAAGGCCAACCAAGACAGUUUAUCUGAAAACAGGGAAAGGCCUUGUGUUCCAAUAUCUCAAGAGUCAGAUCAAAUUCAGCCUUCACUGGAAAACCCAGCUUAUCCUCAACAGGCAGAUGUGGAAGUGGUCCACACCUUAGAAACUCCAGUAUUAACCACAGAGACAUCGGCUGCACCUUUUUAUUCUGAGGAGCCCAUAGGUCAACCGCCACAUUUUACUCAGAAACUGAAAAGCAGAGAGGUCUCUGAAGGAACCAAAGUGCAGUUGGACUGCAUUGUAGUAGGAAUACCAACACCUGAAAUCAGAUGGUAUUGUGAAGGGAAAGAGCUUGAAAAUUCACCAUAUAUUCAGAUCAUCCAAUCAGGAGAGCUGCAUUCUCUAAUUAUUGUUGAAGCUUUUGAAGAAGACACUGGGCGCUACUCCUGCUUUGCGUCUAACAUCUAUGGGACAGACUCAACGUCCGCAGAGAUUUAUGUAGAAGGGGCCUCAUCUUCAGAAUCAGAAAGUGACAGUGGCAAAGAAGAAAUGGAUCGGUACCAAAACCAGACUAAGACCUCAUCCACUGCACCUCCUCCUGCUCCCCUUCCUCCCACUCCUCUUCUGGCUAAUUCUUCUGCAACCCAUCAAGAAUCCAUUCAACCACAACCUUUGAUGAAACUUCCUGUCUCAGUUCCUGUGUAUCAGAAUCAAAGCCCUACUAAUUAUUUACAAGGACUGGAUGGAAGACCCCUAAUAGCUGCUCCUGUGUUCACCAAGAUGCUACAAAAUAUAUCAGCCUCUGAGGGUCAGCUGGUCGUGUUUGAAUGUCGGGUGAAAGGAGCUCCUUCACCAAAAGUGGAGUGGUACAGAGAAGGGACAUUGAUAGAAGAUUCUCCAGACUUUAGAAUAUUACAGAAAAAACCUCGCUCCAUGGCUGAACCGGAGGAGAUCUGCACUUUGGUCAUCGCUGAAGUCUUUUCAGAAGAUUCAGGAAGUUUUACAUGCACGGCGAGCAAUAAAUAUGGGACCGUCUCCAGCUCAGCUCAUCUAAUUGUUAAAGGGCCUGUGGACCAGACAAGUAAUGCUGCUCUUCAUACCAUAAGUUCUCUCAGUCUAGUGGCUUCUGAACACCAGCCUUUGGCGCCUACCCCUUCUCUUUCAUUGGUAGAUAACCCCACAAAACCUAAAUUGGAAAGCGUUCUGGUAAAUCACAAUGAGCCCCGAUCAAGUUCCAAAAUUGGCCUUCGUGUGCACUUUAAACUCCCUGAGGAUGAGAAGGGAAAUGAAACGUCAUCAGAAGAUGGAAGCGGACCUAAAAAUCAAGCCAGACCAAACAGUUUUCCAAAUAAAAUCAACGGACAGGCUUUUAAACAUCAGGAGCCCUCUUCACCCUCCAAAGAGCCACCCCCUGUCCUGGCUAAACCUAAACUGGAUGCCACCCAGUUAAAACAACUACACAGUCAGGUGUUGUUUGAGCAACAGCAAAUCCAUCAACCAUCUCAUCCAGUUCCACCAGAGUCAUUAUUCAAUACUGGCCCAGGAAAAUCUGCUACUUUGCCCAUUCAGCAUCAGCACCAGAAGCAACCUUCAUCGGCUACAUACAAGCAGAACAAGGUUCCUUCUACACAGACAUUCACAUACACCCGACCUAAACAGUUCCUGGCAUCUCAAAACACCUCAGCAGGCAGCAGCCCUUCUAGCUCCUCUGUGUCUUCUUUCAGCAACGUACCUCUAGGAACCCAGAAAACAACGAAGAAAGAAAACCUCUUCGCAUCUCCUCCACCAGCCCAAUCAAAAUCUCUGGAAGGUUUGACAAACCAAAUGGAGCAGCCUCUUCCAAGUCCCAGAGAACAUGUGUUGCCACCACUUCUUCUCUCUGUGUCUAACAUGAACCAGUUCCAUCCCCAAAAUGUGCUUCCUACACCUCUCUCUCCUACGGGUCGGAUUCAGAAUCCUGUAGCUUUCCUGAGUUCUGUUCUACCUGCACUUCCUUCUACACCCCCAACAAAUGCCAUGGGGCUGCCUAAAUGUGCACCUGCCAUGGGAAGCCAUGGAAUGCUGAAGAAAAAUCUCAACCCUUCACAGUCAUCAACAGAGGAUGCCGCUGUUGUGAAAGGUUUAGAGAAACGGCUGCAUUUAUGGAAUGAUGAAUCUUUCCGCAGUCAACAGAAAACAGCCUAUGAUGAAAAUCUGGCUCGUGGGCUACAGGGACCCAGCCCUCAUUCCCCAACUUUCAACUUUACCGCUGAGGAAGUAUCCCAGGAAUACAAAAUUUCCAACUUUGAGCAGAGAUUAAUGAAUGAAAUAGAGUUUCGGCUUGAACGUACUCCGGUGGAUGAAUCAGAUGAUGAGAUCCAACAUGACGAAAUCCCUACCGGCAAAUGCAUUGCUCCCAUUUUUGACAAGAGACUCAAGCACUUCCGUGUCCUGGAAGGAUAUCCAGCUACAUUCACUUGCAAGAUUGUUGGAAUCCCCAUACCCAAGGUAUACUGGUUUAAGGAUGGCAAACAGAUUUCAAAGAAGAAUGGACAUUUCAAAAUGAUUCGAGAGGGGGAUGGAACUUGUUCUUUACAUAUUGAAACUACUACAAAUGAUGAUGAUGGAAACUAUACAUUCAUGGCUGCAAAUCCUCAGGGAAGAAUCAGCUGCUCUGGUCGUUUGAUGGUUCAGACUCCUUCACUACGGGGUAGAUUAUCAACACCUAUCCAGUCUCACAGGGGAAGGUCCCGUGUAUCAGAAAGAGAUCGGGAACCUCUGCAGGAACGGUUUUUCCGGCCAUAUUUCCUGCAGGCACCUGGAGACAUGGUAGCCCAUGAAGGCCGGCUUUGCAGACUUGAUUGCAAGGUAAGUGGUUUACCACUGCCAGAUCUGAUGUGGCUCCAGAAUGGCAAGCCUGUGUUACCAGACGCCACUCACAAAAUGCUGAUCAGAGAAAAUGGAGUACAUUCUUUACUUAUCGAUCCUCUCAGACAAAGUGAUGCUGGAAUCUACACUUGCAUAGCCACCAAUAAAACAGGGCAAAAUUCCUUCAGCUUGGAACUGUCUGUUGUAGAAAAGGAAGUUAAAAAAGCCCCAGUGAUACUAGAGAGACUACAGAACUGUGGUGUGCCAGAAGGACAUCCUGUCCGAUUAGAAUGUAGGGUAAUUGGGAUGCCACCUCCAAUAUUCUUCUGGAAGAAGGACAAUGAAACCAUUCCUCCCCACAGGGAGAGGAUGAGUAUGCACCAAGAUGCUACAGGAUAUGUUUGCCUUUUGAUUCAGCCUGCCAAAAAAGUAGAUGCUGGUUGGUACACUUUGUCUGCAAAAAAUGAAGUCGGUAUUGUCUCUUGCACUGCUAGACUGGACAUAUAUGCUCAGUGGCAUCAACAGAUAUCUCAGCCAAUCAAGUUUCGCUCAAGCAGCACCCGGUAUGCACAUCUCACAGGACAAGGACUCGACAUUUUCUCCCCUUUCUCCACUGUUGAGAAUCCAGCACGCUUUCCCUCUCCCUCCCGGCCUGUGGUAGAAAGUGAAGAACUGUAA